GGCGCGGGGAGGGAGGAGCUGCCGGGAGCCGCUCGGUCCCACACCCGCCGGCGCGGCCCCGCCACGAGACUCUGACAGCCGCGGCCGCGCUGCUCCCCCGCGCACCCGGACGGACCGCGGCGGCGGCGAGGGAGGACGCGAGGACCGCGGCCCGGCGCCCAGUGCGGGCGGCGCGCGGUGGCCCUGGCGGCGCGCAGAGGUCCCCUCUGAGGCAGCUGAGUGCUCAGGAGGCCUCAUCAUCCCUGAGGAGUAGGCCCACCAGCAAAGCAGUAAGGGAUGGCGUGGAUCCCUCCCAGGGCCUGAGGAGAGCGUGGAGCCCACAGCCCGUUGGACCCGGAGCCUCUAAGUCGGGAGGCUGCACCAGCUGGGAGACAAGAAGAAUGGAUGCUUCGGCCCCUGGCGACAUGCACACGGUGUAAUGACAGGUAAUGAACCUGCGGCUCAUCUAUUCCUUCUGAAUGAUAUGACAGGAAAUGAGCAGGUUUGCAGAGAAACUACUGGCCUGAAAUUUAAGACAAAGGCAUCGUUGCUUGGCUCUGGCUGAGACCAUGGCCAAUGGCAUUGACGAGCUCAUCGGCAUUCCCUUCCCCAACCACAGCAGCGAGGUUCUGUGUAGCCUGAACGAGCAGCGGCACGAUGGCCUGCUCUGCGACGUUCUGCUGGUGGUGCAGGAGCAGGAGUACCGCACCCAUCGCUCCGUCCUGGCAGCCUGCAGCAAGUACUUCAAAAAGCUCUUCACAGCUGGCACCUUAGCCAGCCAGCCCUAUGUCUACGAGAUCGACUUUGUCCAGCCAGAGGCUCUGGCCGCCAUCCUCGAGUUCGCCUACACCUCCACGCUCACCAUCACCGCCUCCAACGUCAAGCACAUCCUCAACGCCGCCCGGAUGCUGGAGAUCCAGUGCAUCGUGAACGUGUGCCUGGAGAUCAUGGAGCCAGGCGGGGACGGCGGGGAGGAGGACGACAAGGAGGAUGACGACGACGACGAGGAUGACGAUGAUGAGGAGGAUGAGGAGGAGGAGGAGGAGGAAGAGGAUGAGGAAGAGGAUGAUGAUACGGAGGAUUUCGCUGAUCAAGAAAACUUGCCCGACCCCCAGGACAUCAACUGCCACCAAAGCCCUUCCAAGGCGGACCAUCUCACAGAGAAGGCCUAUGCAGACACACCCAGGGACUUCCCGGACUCCUUCCAGGCCAGCAGCCCUGGCCAUCUGGGCGUUAUCCGGGACUUCUCCAUUGAAUCUCUGCUGAGGGAGAACCUGUACCCCAAAGCCAACAUCCCCGACAGGAGACCCUCCUUAUCUCCCUUUGCCCCAGACUUCUUCCCGCACCUCUGGCCAGGGGACUUUGGUGCCUUUGCCCAACUGCCCGAGCAGCCCAUGGACAGUGGGCCCCUGGACCUGGUCAUCAAGAACCGGAAGAUCAAAGAAGAGGAGAAGGAGGAGCUGCCCCCACCCCCGCCCCCGCCCUUCCCGAAUGACUUCUUCAAGGACAUGUUCCCGGACCUUCCCGGGGGGCCGCUGGGCUCCAUCAAGGCAGAAAAUGACUAUGGUGCCUAUCUCAACUUCCUGAGUGCCACCCACCUCGGAGGGCUCUUCCCGCCCUGGCCCCUGGUGGAGGAGCGCAAGCUGAAGCCCAAGGCCUCUCAGCAGUGCCCCAUCUGCCACAAAGUCAUCAUGGGGGCCGGGAAGCUGCCGCGGCACAUGCGGACCCACACCGGGGAGAAGCCAUACAUGUGCAACAUCUGCGAGGUCCGCUUCACCAGGCAGGACAAGCUCAAGAUCCACAUGCGGAAGCACACAGGGGAGCGGCCCUACCUGUGCAUCCACUGCAACGCCAAGUUCGUGCACAACUACGACCUCAAGAAUCACAUGCGCAUCCACACGGGCGUGCGGCCCUACCAGUGCGAGUUCUGCUACAAGAGCUUCACGCGCUCUGACCACCUGCACCGCCACAUCAAGCGCCAGAGCUGCCGCAUGGCCCGGCCUCGGCGGGGCCGCAAGCCCGCCGCCUGGAGGGCCGCCAGCCUGCUGUUCGGGCCCGGAGGCCCGGCCCCGGAGAAGGCGGCCUUCGUGAUGCCCCCGGCGCUGGGCGAGGUGGGUGCCCACCUGGGCGGGGCCGCCAUGUGCCUGCCGGGCCCCAGCCCCACCAAGCACUUCCUGGCGGCGCCCAAGGGCGCGCUGAGCCUGCAGGAGCUCGAGCGGCAGUUCGAGGAGACGCAGAUGAAGCUGUUCGGGCGCGCCCAGCUGGAGGCCGAGAGGAACGCGGGCGGCCUGCUGGCCUUCGCGCUGGCCGAGAACGUGGCCGCCUCCAGGCCCUACUUCCCGCUGCCCGACCCCUGGGCCGCGGGCCUGGCCGGCCUCCCUGCGCUCGCUGGCCUCAACCACGUGGCCUCCAUGUCUGAAGCCAACAACUAGGCUGGUCCUGUUGGCCCCGGUGCAGCUGCCCUGUCCUCUCUCCCAGCGGGCCCGCCUGCCCCAUCCAACGGAUCGGAACUUACUCCAAAAUCACAAAGAAAAAAAUAGAUAUAUACAUCUAUGUCAGCAGCAAUGCUAUUUUCCAGGCCUCCUGAGGCAGCUGCCUUCCUUUUGCUUGUGUCUGAGAUGGGCAUCUCCCCUCAGCAGGGCCAGCCUCUCCCUGACUGUCUGGCUCUCACACAGGACUCACAGGGUCCCCACUUCGGAGGAGGCCCCAUGCUGGGUGCUCCCAGCUGUGCCUGCAAUGAGGAGGCUGGGCCAGAGGCAGGCCGGAUGCAGCAGAGAUGAGGGGAGGGGCCUGGGCACACACCUCUGGUUGAGCCCCACAGCCUAAAGCAGAGUCCCUGCUGACACUAACCCGAU